AUGAAUUUAUAUAACUUCUUUCAGCCCCAGACACCAAAACAGCGCCAUGCAAAUGAGAUGUAUGCAAUGAGAGAGGCUGCUAAGCGUGGAAAAUCAAAAAUAGAGAAGCCAGUGUCUGAAAAAAAAAAAUUAGGAAUAUCAAUUUAUUGGGCGUAUCUGUUAAUUUUUCUUGCUGUUGGAGGUGCAAUGUUAGAAACGUUAUAUAUGUUACUGUUAAGAUAG